CAAUAGGAUACUCUUUAAGUACAAAAACAAUCUAAAAACACAAUAAUGAGUGAAGAGGAAAACUAUACUGAAGUGGAUAUAUCAGAUAUUGUGGAUGAUUCUGAAAAUUACUUUGAAAAUCAAGCUUCUGAUUUACAUGAUUCCGAACAAAACUCGAUACAAAAUUCAGAAAUUGUUAACUCUGAAGAAGCAACCUCAACGGAUAAAAAAAUACCGCAAGCCAAAAGUGAUGUAGUGCGUAGUACGAGGUUACCCAUGGCUAGAAUAAAAAAUAUUAUGAAAAUGGAUCCUGAUGUACAUAUAGUGAACGCUGAAGCUGUCUUUUUGGUCACUAAAGCAACGGAAAUGUUCUUGGAAACAAUAGCAAAGGAAACUCAUAUAUACACUACCCACCACAAAAGAAAAACAAUAGCGAAAAAAGAUCUUGAUGUGAUUAUAAAUAAAGUUGAUUGUUUGUGUUUCCUUGAGGGUGCUAUGGACUUCUAAUUUAAGAUGUAAAUACUUAUAUUAUAAGGUUGGUUAAAAUAAAACUUCUUAAUUAUAA